CCCUCGUCACUCUUUAGUCCUUUCAAAUUCUCAUCCCAGUCGUUACCACCUCUCUCUUUCCCCUUCUCUUUCUCCUUCUCCUUCUCCUUCUCUUGCUCAGUCGCCCGCCCGCCCGCCCGCCCGCCCGCCAGAGAGAGAGAGACACACACACACAGAGAGAUGCCUCGUCCGGGGCCGCGGCCGUACGAGUGCGUCCGGCGGGCGUGGCACAGCGACCGCCACCAGCCCAUGCGCGGAUCCCUCAUCCAGGAGAUCUUCAGGGUAGCGAACGAGGCGCACAGCGCGGCGACGCGGAAGAACAGGGAGUGGCAGGAGAAGCUGCCGUUCGUGGUGUUCAAGGCGGAGGAGAUCAUGUACUCGAAGGCCAACUCCGAGGCCGAGUACAUGGACCUCUCCACCCUCUGGGACCGCGCCAACGACGCCAUCGACACCAUCAUCCGCAAGGACGACUCCUCCUCCUCCUCCUCCCCCCCGGUAGCGAACGAGGCGCACAGCGCGGCGACGCGGAAGAACAGGGAGUGGCAGGAGAAGCUGCCGUUCGUGGUGUUCAAGGCGGAGGAGAUCAUGUACUCCAAGGCCUGCAUCGAAGCUGCGCUUAAUCUGGGCUGUAUUCCGAGAAGAGCUUCCAGGAGCCAGCGCCACAGCAACCCAGGCUGCUAUCUCAGCUCCACUGCCAAGUACAGCGCGCCCAUCUCUCUUAAGAUCCCCGACGGUAGCAAAGUGCACCCAGGAAUGGGAAUGGGAAUGGGAUCAUCCUCCGCCCUGCACCUCCAGUCAUCUUCCCCCGACUCUACCAAUCUCGCAAGCUCUGCUUCCUGGUACUCGCCUGUGCUGAGAUCAGCCGCUCCAAAUUCUGCCCCCCCCUGCAGUCUCUCCUCCGUCUUCAACGCUUCUUCCGAGCCUACGACUUCCCGAGCCGUCAUUAGUUAUGGAUCGCCGCCGCUUUCUUCGAACCCCUCUGUUGAUCCCUACAAAGAUGGGCCGGCAAUCCCCGUGGAGACCGGCAACUUGCCUGAGUUCGGCCGCAUGUACCCGUUAUGCUACUUCGGCAGCAGCAACGAGAAUUCAUGCUUCCGGGUGCCUCCUCUUCAGACUCCUUCGGACCAUAAACAGCAAAAUAUGGGUGCGGCGGCAGGCAAGACUUUCAAGGGCAAGAGCACCACAAGUUCUUCAAACAAUGCUCCGAUUGAUGUAGAAACGUUCGCGCCCGACGGUGGAUGCGAUUUGUCGCUGCGCUUGGGGUUGCCUUCGCCUACAUGGUCGGGUGCGGAGAGCUCUUGGACGGACGAAGUUGAAGAUGUAGGAUCGAGCAGUUCUUGUGACGACAGCAGCAAGUUCUAUGACCCAUCCCCGUGUAGAGCGAGAGCCGUGAACAUUGAAAGGUCGAUUACUCCUGCAGAGGACAAAUGCUUUGAGUUCUUCUAAAUAGAUUCUGCAGAAUGGCGCUGAACUCGUUCUUAAUUCAGUGGGAUCUCAGUAAGUUGCUUCUUUUUCCACCCUAGAUGAUGCAUGCCUAUUGCUUUGAGGUAAUGGAACGUUGUCGAACGCCCUUAUUCUUUGCUGUAUCGCUAGUAGCUACUAUGCCAGAGUAAAUAGUUCCUCCUUGCAAGCUGCUUGGUAUUUAUGCCCGCUUAUGUAGCGUAUGAUAUCGUCUUCUGCUAUAUACUAAGAAAUAAAGUCACUGGAUGCUUUUUGAGCAAAUUCAUAA